CUAUAUAGAAAAUGAAUACCUCAACUGGGCAAUGGUGCAAUGGUGGUGGGGCAUCAUUAAGUGAGUUCACAAAUAAAAGAUAAGAGAGAAAAAUCACAGGAAAACGAUCGAGAGAAAGUAACAGCGUUACAGCGAAAACACGGAGUGAAGAUGACAGCGCGCACGUACACGCAAGCUAGAAGCGCGCUCACAACUUGUGACACAAGCCCCAAAACUGAACCCAGUACACAGAUACACUGAGGCACGGUGAACGUGGUCUGACACCUUAAGCUGCCUGCGCUGAUUGUAUUCUGCAGGAAGAAAACAAAAAACAAAACAUCAAGUAGAAUCUCCUCAUAACUGUCAUCAUGUUGUGGACAGCCAACCAGUUCAUUAGGAAGUUAUCGACCGCUACUGUAUAUUACCAAAAUAAGUUAAAACUUGCUCUGAUUGGUCAGAGUCUGUUCGGACAAGAGGUGUACAGCCAAUUGCGGAAGGAAGGCCACAAAGUGGUGGGAGUGUUCACAGUACCUGACAAGGACGGGAAGGCAGAUCCUCUGGCCGUGGCAGCAGAGAAAGAUGGCACACCUGUGUUCAAGUUCCCUCGGUGGAGAGUGAAAGGGAAGCCGAUCCCAGACGUGGUCGAUGCCUACAAGUCAGUAGGAGCUGAGCUCAAUGUCCUCCCAUUCUGCAGCCAGUUUAUCCCCAUGAAUGUGAUCGAUCACCCCAAACACGGCUCCAUCAUCUACCAUCCCUCUAUACUGCCUGCACACAGAGGGGCUUCUGCUAUCAACUGGACUCUGAUUCAUGGAGAUAAGAAGGCUGGGUUUUCAAUAUUUUGGGCAGAUGAUGGAUUGGACACAGGACCUAUCCUGCUGCAGAGGGAGUGUCCUGUUGAGCCCAAUGACACGGUGGACACACUAUACAACCGUUUCCUCUUCCCUGAGGGAAUCAAAGGCAUGGUGGAAGCAGUUAAUCUUAUCGCAGAUGGAAAAGCGCCCCGUGUUCCACAGUCUGAAGAAGGAGCCAGUUAUGAAGGUAUUCAGAAGAAGGAUAAUUGCAAGGUCUCCUUCAACCAACCAGCAGAGGCCAUUCACAACUGGAUUCGAGGCCAUGAUAAAGUUCCAGGUGCAUGGACUGUCAUCGAUGGUCAGGUGGUUACCCUGUAUGGCUCAUCCCUUCUCAGUGGCUCGGUGCCCACAGGGCAGCCCCUGGAUAUCGAGGGAGCAUCCAAACCUGGCCUCAUCACCAGUAAUGGCCUGGUCCUCUUCGGCACUGAUGGGAAAGCACUCGUGGUGAGAAACCUUCAGUUUGAAGAUGGCAAAAUGAUCCCAGCAGCCAAGUACUUCUCAGCCGGGGAGAGUGUGAGUGUGGAGCUCACAGAGGAGGAGAAGAAGACUGCUCAGCAAAUCCGGGCUAUAUGGAAAGGGAUUUUAAGCAACGUUCCAGAAGUAGAGGAGUCCACUGAUUUCUUCAAAUCAGGAGCUGCUUCAAUGGAUGUUGUCAGGUUAGUGGAGGAGAUCAAGCAGAAGUGUGACGGGCUGCAGCUCCAGAAUGAGGAUGUCUACAUGGCCACCAAGUUUGAGGACUUCAUUCAGAUGAUCGUGAGGAAGCUGCGCGGGGAGGACAAGGAGGAGGAGCUCAUCGUAGAUCAUGUAAUAAAGAAUAUAAAUAACAUGACUCUGAAGAUGCCUCAUCAAUGCUUUAUAAAUGGGAGAUUUGAGGAUGCUGAGAAUGGAAAGACUUAUGACACUGUCAACCCCACUGAUGGAUCAGUUAUUUGUAAAGUGUCUUAUGCAUCAGUGGGUGACGUCGACAAGGCAGUAGCAGCGGCCAAAGAUGCCUUUGAGGCGGGGCCGUGGGGCAAGAUGAAUGCAAGAGACAGAGGCAGGCUGCUGUACAAGCUUGCAGACCUGAUGGAGGAACACCAGGAGGAGCUGGCUACCAUAGAAGCCAUUGACUCUGGCGCUGUCUACACACUGGCCCUAAAGACUCACGUGGGCAUGUCUGUACAGACCUUCCGCUAUUUUGCUGGAUGGUGCGACAAAAUCCAGGGCACAACAAUACCCAUCAACCAGGCUCGCCCCAAUCACAACCUGACCUUCACCAAAAAGGAGCCUCUGGGUGUAUGCGCCAUUGUCAUUCCCUGGAAUUACCCACUGAUGAUGCUGGCUUGGAAGAGUGCAGCCUGCUUAGCUGCUGGCAAUACCCUCGUCCUGAAACCUGCCCAGGUAACCCCAUUGACGGCACUGAAGUUUGCUGAACUUACAGUCAAGGCUGGCAUCCCCAAGGGUGUUAUAAACAUUAUACCUGGAUCAGGGGGUCUCGUUGGGCAGCGCAUGUCUGACCAUCCUGACAUCCGCAAGCUGGGCUUCACUGGCUCCACCCCCAUCGGGAAACACAUCAUGAAAAGCUGUGCAUUGAGUAACUUGAAGAAAGUGUCUCUAGAGCUGGGAGGCAAGUCUCCACUCAUCAUCUUUCAAGACUGUGACUUGGACAAGGCUGUGCGAAUGGGUAUGGGAUCUGUAUUCUUCAAUAAAGGAGAGAACUGUAUUGCUGCUGGCCGUCUCUUUGUGGAAGAGUCUAUACACGACGAGUUUCUGAGGAGAGUGUUGGAGGAGGUUAAGAAGAUGAAGAUCGGAGACCCACUUGACCGUUCCACUGACCACGGACCCCAGAACCACAGGGCGCACAUGGAGAAGCUGCUUGAGUAUUGCGAGAUUGGGAAGAAGGAGGGAGCCACACUGGUGUAUGGGGGUCAGCAGGUUCAAAGGCCAGGCUAUUUCAUGGAACCAACCGUGUUUACAGAUGUAGAGGAUCACAUGUACCUUGCCAAAGAGGAGUCAUUUGGGCCCAUCAUGGUCAUAUCCAAGUUUAAAGAUGGGGACGUGGAUGGAGUUCUAAAGAGGGCGAACGACACAGAGUUCGGUCUGGCAUCAGGAGUGUUCACCCGGGACAUCAACAAAGCCAUGUAUGUCAGCGAGAGGCUGGAGGCAGGGACUGUGUUCAUAAACACCUACAACAAGACCGAUGUGGCCUCACCAUUCGGGGGCUUCAAACAAUCUGGCUUUGGGAAGGACCUUGGAGAAGAAGCUCUCCAUGAAUACCUCAGGACUAAAGCGGUGACUGUGGAAUACUGAAGGAAGAGUUCAUUCAGAAACUGCUAAAGAGUAACCACCCAUCCCAACUGGAGAUUCCAUUCUCUCUCAAGCACCUUAUUCUGCUAACAGGAUUCACCCGUUAAUUCACACAGCAAGAAAACAAAAACUAAAUAAGUGGACAUCGAGUGAACUGAUGCUUCUUACAUUCACCGCUACUACUACAUCCAUGUGCCUACUGAUUUUUAUUUAUGAAAUCUUGGGGAAAAGAGACUGAGUUGUUCUCCACCCGUGAUAUAUGCAGGUUUUGUCACAAUUUUCCUUCCUUAACUUCCUUUAAAUUGAAUCCAAAUACACAGGUAAUGGGCAAUCUCAAGAUCAUAUCACCAAGUUGAAAUUGGAUGGCUGACAGUUAAUGUGGUCUGUGUGCAUUCAGCAUGUUUUUGACAAAGAGCACGUUUUAUAUUUAUAAAAAUGCUUCAACUAUUAAGAGUAUUAAUGUAAUACAAGAUUGUUUAUUUCAUUGUAUUUUAUUUUACAUUUUAUAUCAACCAAAACUUUCUUAGACUGUUUCUAUAACUCAUUGAGAAUGUAUUAGACCACUCUUGUUCUAGCCCCACCACUAAUGCCGUUUCUAUCUGCACAUUGAAACCACUCUCACAUUGUUCUAAUAUAAAAAUAAGGCUGCUGCAGUCCAACAUAUAGCUGGACAUUACACAAAAUCAUAUAUAUCAUAUUUUUGUAGAAUUCAUAUUUAUAAACUUCUCCAUCUACCUCCAACCCUCUGUUCUACAGUGCAGGUUUAACACACGCCUCUAAUGUGGUGCUCAUUACAUAACUUAAUGCAGCAGACCAAUUUCUGCCAGCGUGCAGAGAUAACGGGCUGCUGAGUCCCAGUUGCAGAUGGAAACAAGACAUGCACUACCUUCCCAUGAAACCUCAGAUCCUUUAACUUCUUUCUUUCCAUGACUUAAACCUAGUUUCUUCUCAUACCUAUUAAAAGCCCUGUGGGCUGGGGGUAAACCUGUAAUGGAUACAUUGAUCGUUUACCUCAAUAGUUACAGUAUAACUGAACUGUGCCAAAAGUAAAAUAAAUAAAUAAAUUAUACUUUUAGACCUGCCAUACAUUUAACCAUGUCCCUUGAAUUUAAAUGACCAGUGUUUAGCAAUCAUGCUAAACGUUGCGACUAAAACUUGCUGUGUGUGGUGAAAAACAUAUUGUUUAGGUUUAAUAGGCCAUAUCAAACAUGGUUUAGCUGCUUAUGUACCAGUACCACUUUUAGAUGAAGUGGUCAUUUCUCUAAAUGUGGAUAAAUAUAAACAUGUAAUGGAAAGAUGUUACAGCAAAGAUUUCAAUUUUUUAAUUUUGAACUAAAACUCCAGGAAACUUGAGAUGUUUGGAUUAAAUCCAGAUGAGCUUGUCUUAUUGCAUUUUAAAACCUGUAUGCAUCUCCUUAUAAACAGGGCUAUUGACCCUUGUUGCCUGUACAAAGGGCUACCCUAUAUAAAUAUUUCAAGUAAAUAAACUUUUUUUUUUUCUUGUA